ACGUAAUAACUUUUUUGCCACUGGGCUUGUUCUUUGUCCAGUGUGGGAUGUUUCAUAAUAUGGUUAAACCAGUUUGUGGAAGCACGGAGGUGGUUGGUUAGUUGUGCACGGCCAAAGAUGGCAGAAGGUUGGGCACAGUGGCACCUUAGAGACUGAGUGCUUCAGAGAGAAAAGAGCUUCUGUAGGCAAUGACCUACUUUAGAUGCUAGGAAUGCAGCCAUCUUGCAUGAACCAGUUAUUGAGAAAUGUGCCAUUUGCUGGCCCAUGCCAAAGUAUUCCUCACUCUCUUAUGUUUGCAAUCAUCUGGAAGAGAAAACCCAAUGGGAGCAUCCUAAAUCAGGCAAAAGGAAACGAGUUGCAGGAGAUCUGCCAUAUGGAUGGGAGCAGGAAACGGAUGAAAAUGGCCAAGUCUACUUUGUGGACCAUAUAAACAAAAGGACCACGUACCUUGACCCGAGACUGGCGUUUACAGUGGAAGAGAAUCCAGUCAAACCUACAACUAGACAGAAAUAUGAUGGAAACAGUACUGCAAUGGAGAUACUUCAGGGUUGUGAUUUGAGUGGAAAAGUGGUCAUCGUCACUGGAGCAAAUUCAGGAAUAGGAUUUGAAACUGCAAAGUCCUUUGCACUUCAUGGGGCAUAUGUUAUCCUUGCCUGCAGAAAUAUGUCAAGAGCCAGUGAUGCUGUACAGCACAUCCUAGCUGAAUGGCAUAAAGCCAAGGUAGAAGCAAUGACCUUAGACCUCGCUUCUCUUCACAGUGUGCAGCACUUUGCUGAAGCAUUCAAAUCCAAGAAUGUGCCCCUUCACAUCCUGAUCUGCAAUGCUGCUGUUUUUGCUCUCCCAUGGUCCUUGACAGAGGAUGACUUGGAGUCCACCUUUCAGGUGAAUUACUUGGGGAAUUUUUACCUUGUCCAGCUCCUUGAAGAUGUUCUGCGUCGCUCAUCUCCUGCAAGAGUUGUGAUGGUUUCAUCAGAAUCACACAGAUUUACAGACAUAAAAGACUCCUCGGGAAAACUUGACUUUAGUCUGCUUUCUCCAUCUAAGAAAGAGUACUGGGCUAUGCUGGCGUACAACCGUUCCAAGCUUUGCAAUAUACUCUUCUCCAAUGAGCUAAACCGACGCCUUUCUCCCCAUGGGGUGACAUCUAAUGCAGUGCAUCCUGGAAAUAUGAUGUACUCGUCUCUCCAUCGCAACUGGUGGGUGUAUACCCUGCUGUUUACCUUGGCUCGGCCUUUCACCAAAUCCAUGCUUACUGUAUGGAACAAAGAUGCAGACAAUGUACAGGAGACACCAAGUCACUGGAGAAGCAUCAUCAAUGCUGCCUGCAGAAGAUCUUUCAAAUCCAGCAGGAAGACAGACGCACCAAUAUUAGCAUCCUCUCUCAAGCGAACGCCACGAGCAAUGAGGCGACAAUCAUCCAACAUCAGCUUUGCUAAGCUGCCACUUCAUUGAAAUCUCCGACUCCAGACUCCUGCUGCAAGUUUUAUUUUCCCAGCUCAGUCAAGGUGUGCACUCUAGAGGAGGGGAAGGAAAGCACUUGAAGGACAUCCUCAAGGCCAACUUAAAAAAAAAGCAACAUUAACAUCAGCUUGUGGGAGACUAUCGCCCAGCAUCACCCCAAAUGGAGGAAGAGUCUGCUGUGAGGAUCUCAGUACUUUGUAAUCUUACAGCAACAACAGGCGAUGGAAAGGCAGGAGCAGCAGAAGCUGUGCCGUGGAUCAACUCAAGAAUCCAGAGCCACCCAUCCUGCAUGGAAACAUGCCCAAGUUCCAACAGUCUCUCUUGAUCCUGGAUUGGCCUCGUCAGCCGUCUUUGGAUCCACAGAUAAGACAUCAUGGAAGGCAAUCAUCCUUGACUGCAAGGGAUUACCAAAGAAGAUAUACUGAAUGCCCAAGUGCCAUUUCUCCCUAUGCUUAUAAAGAGUAACAGUAUGCGAUGGGUUGUAGAAGGGAAAGGAGGAAAGAAAGAGAGUGGAAGGUAGGAAGGGGAAGAGGGAAUGACUUCUGUUGUAAGAGGCCAUAGUGGCUCGUGGUUCUGUGUUCUUGGAGGAGUUAUGCAGAAGGCAUAACCUUAGAGCACCUUGGAGACUAACUGGUUAGAUUUCUAUCCUUGGAUGUGAGGGCUGUUCAGUACCUGGGUACUAGUUGGUGCUGAGUUAGUUGAAUGGUGGGUCCCUAAGCAUCCUUCAGCACCUGGAAGCUUAAAUGUUCAUG